AUGGCUGGCAACGCAGAGUUUAUGAUCAAGCCUGACAACUCGGGCCCAAGCCUGAGAUACUCUGAAUGGCCUCUUUUACUUAAGGACUACGAUAAGCUUCUCGUGCGUAGUAGUCACUUCACCCCGAUUCCGCAUGGCUGCACGCCACUCACGCGCGACAUUUUAACGUACGUUAGCAGCGGCGUGAUCAAUUUGGAUAAGCCUUCGAACCCUUCGUCACACGAGGUUGUCGCAUGGCUGCGCCGUAUCCUUCGUGUGGAAAAGACGGGUCACUCUGGCACGCUGGAUCCCAAGGUGACGGGAUGCUUGAUUGUGUGUAUUGACCGUGCUACUCGUCUGGUCAAAUCACAGCAGAGCGCUGGUAAGGAGUAUGUCUCUGUGCUGCGUUUACAUGACAAGAUCGAUGAUCCAAGUAAACUUCCUCGUGUCCUCGAGACGCUCACAGGUGCCCUGUUUCAACGCCCGCCCUUGAUUUCUGCCGUCAAGCGCCAGCUUCGUAUCCGUACAAUCUAUGAAUCUAAGCUGCUUGAAUUCGACAAUGACCGCCAUCUGGCUGUUUUCUGGGUCAGCUGUGAAGCUGGCACAUACAUCCGUACUUUGUGUGUGCAUCUCGGUCUUUUACUUGGUGUUGGUGGCCACAUGCAAGAACUGCGUCGUGUUCGCAGUGGUGCCUUGAGUGAAGACGAUAAUAUGGUGACGAUGCAUGAUGUACUGGACGCUCAAUGGCUUUACGACAACCAGCGAGACGAGUCUUACCUCCGUAAAGUGAUUCGUCCGCUUGAGUCACUGUUGGUUGGGUAUAAACGUAUUGUCGUUAAAGAUAGCGCCGUAAACGCAGUGUGCUACGGUGCCAAACUCAUGAUCCCUGGUCUGCUCCGCUUUGAGGCAAACAUUGAGCUGAACGAUGAGGUUGUCCUUAUCACCACCAAGGGCGAGGCCAUCGCCAUUGGUAUUGCGCAAAUGACCACGGUCGAUCUGUCGACUUGCGAUCACGGUAUUGUGGCGAAAGUGAAGCGUUGUAUCAUGGAGCGUGACACUUAUCCCCGACGCUGGGGUCUGGGUCCAAAGGCCCUCGAGAAAAAGAAGCUCGUCAAGGAAGGUAAGCUGGACAAGCAUGGCCAUGAAAUCGAUGGCGUUACCCCAGAAAAAUGGACGAAGGAGUACGUUGACUACUCGAAGCCUGCAGCAGAAGAGGCGGGCAACUCAUCCAUGGCUGAGCCUGAUGCAUCCAAGGCCGAUGACGACGGGGACGAGGAAGAUAAGGAGGAAGCCAAGGAGAGUUCGAGCGACAAGAAGCGGAAAGCCGACGUCGAUGAAGACAACCAGGAAGAAACUGAAGAAGAGCGCAAACGACGCAAGAAGGAGAAGAAGGCAGCUAAGAAGGCGCUUGAGGCGGCCGGCGAGACAGGUGAGAAGAAGAAAAAGGAGAAGAAGGAGAAGAAGAAAGAGUAA